GCCUUUUAAUUGGCUCUUUUUAUGCCGGAGGAGCACAGCGUUGAUGUCCGAAAGGAGGUAAAGCUGCAUAUUAGUGUGUUAAUACGCCGAAACAAUGUGACGUUAUGGUUUUAAGUUGUGCAGUAUUGUUGCAACACAAUGGUUGAGUCUUUGGUUUCUUCUUCCUGCUCACGCGCGACAGUCUCCUCUCUUUUUAAAAUUGAGUUUAUAUCCCAAACCUUUCCAUGUAAUUUUUUUCCCUCAAGGAGACAUGGAACACCGGCCAUUUAUUUCCGAGGAAUUAAGGCAAUUUCUCGUGCACGGCGCUCCCCCUACAGUUUAUUACAUCCCUGCGUUCAUAUCCGAAGAGGAGGAAACCUGGCUCCUGCAGCAGGUCUAUCAGUCGCCCAAACCCAAGUGGACCCAGUUAUCCGGCAGGAGGUUGCAGAACUGGGGAGGCUUGCCGCAUCCCAAAGGGAUGCUGGAGGAGAAGAUGCCAGCCUGGCUUCAGGCAUAUUGCCAGAAAGUUUCCUCACACGGAGCUUUCGGCGAAAAAACGGCCAACCACGUGCUGGUUAAUGAGUACAAACCAGGAGAGGGGAUUAUGCCCCACGAGGAUGGACCCCUUUACCACCCUACAGUCACCACCAUCACCCUGGGCUCUCACGCACUACUGGACUUCUACACGCCUGUCAGCCGGUUGGAGGUCGACGAUGACAAUGCAGUUGCAGCGUUGGAAGGCGACCGCCAUCUAUUCUCGCUGCUCUUGAGGCCACGGAGCCUGCUGGUGCUGCAGGAUGACGCAUACCGGAACGUUCUCCAUGGCAUCGGGGCGUGUGAGCGGGACGUGCUGACGGGCAAAGUGCUGAACCUGCACGUUGCCGGGGCCCAGCUGGGUGAGACGCUGACCCGAGGGACCAGGGUGUCGCUGACCAUUCGACACGUGCCUAAAGUCUUGAAGACAAAGCUUCUUUUCGGGGGGAAGUGAAUGGGGGGAAACAGUGGACUAGUCCAGUGGUUGUCAACUUUUUGAGUUAAGGCACAUUUUUACAUCAUUCAAAAAAUCUCAUGGCGCACCACCAAACAAACUGCAAAAAGUACACAAAAUCCCAGGUAUUUUAUUGAGGCCUGCCCUGAAAAGGUAAAAAUUGCAAGUAAUUGACACUCCUGGAAAAUGUUUAUAAUUGCCUAUUUUAAUAGUUUAAACCAGAAAUAUCAAAGCCUUUGAUCCCCAAAAACUUAAAUAUCACUUAAAACUCAUUUUACAACAUUGCCCUUAAUAGUGUAUGUCUUCCAGAUUUGAUUUAGAACAACAUGAACCGGAAGUGCACAUGUAUGUGUGGCAAAGGAUCACCGUAAGUUCCACUAACAACCCAGGCUAAACUUGGCUCCUCCACAACAUGCAAAGAAAAACCUGAAUAGGUGGAUCUACUGUAUAAUGAAAUAUGGAUCUUGUCUCAAUAUACUUAGUCUGAAAAGUAGGCCCGUUCAGUUGAACACAAAGCUAUUAUUUUGUUGUAUAAAUGGGAACAGGUGUCUUCAUAGUACCUUGUUCUGUCUGCCAUCUGGAAGAUAAUUUAAUUGUUCAACCUGUCACUAUAGAGUAUAUUGCAUUUGUGGGAAGGCUUUCAACAAGGUUUAGGAGUGAGUUUAUGGGAAUAUUUGCCCAUUGUUCCAGCAGCAUAUUUGUGAGGUCACAUACUGAUGUUGAUCUUGGACGAGAAGGCCCGGCUCACUGUCCACUCGAAAUCAACCCAAAGGUGUUCUAUCGGGUUGAGGGCAGGACUCUCUGCAGGCCAGUCAAGUUCAUCCGUACCAAAUUCUCUCACCCAUGUCUUUAUGGACCUUGCAUCGUGCACUGGUGCAGACAUGUUGGAACAGGAAGGGGUAAUCCCCAAACUGUUUGACUGUCUCAUGGUAUGCUGAAGCAUUCAGAGUUCCUUUCACACAAUCAUAACAGCGUAAUGAUUGUUCCAUACUUGAUCUACUGUGUAGAAAUAUGGGGAUCAACAUGUAAAACAUAACAUUUAUUUUACAGAAGAGCUUUAAAAAUAAAUAAGUCACCAUAGAGAUCCCUCUAAUUAAUUAUUCAUAAAUUAUAAAGUAUUACCAUUCCAUUCCAUUUAGAUUUUAAAACAUUACAAACUAUGUAGAAGGCUAAUAAAAAUAUCAUACCAAUAACUAUUCAUAUAAAGUGUGUAAAAAGAGUAAGCAACCACAAUUUGAAAUGGAUAGAAGUAUUUAAAAUACCAAGAUUUAAAACUACUGUGAUGCAAAUGAGUAUAGUGAAAAGUGUUAAGUUAAGGAACACUAAAAAUAGAAACAAAAGAGUCAAGAUCGGUAUAUUUAAAAAGAUCAUAAAAUAAGGGUUUUAUGUAAUUAUGAAAUGUGUAAUUAAGACUGAUUAAAACAGAACAGAUUAAAAAUCAUUUAAAGACUUUAAAAAAAAAAAGGGGGGGCAGAAAAUAUUCUUCCCUCUGGUCCUUUUCAUUUAUAUUUUGUGUAUUCAUGUGUCUUUUUCCCCGUCUUACAUGUAAUGAAAUAAAAAAAACAA